AUGGCCGACAUGAACCAGGUCUCUAUCAACGGCAACUACCCGGCUCAGCAUGCCUACCCAGAGAGCUUCAACCCUGCCCAUGCUACCAUGAACACCGCCGCCAACUUCCAGCCUGGCCAGUCCUCUACUCCCACGACCGUCACUCCCACUCCCACUGAACAGCAGAAGAAUGAGAUCACCAAGGAUGAGGUGGGCUGGUUCUUUGUUGAGCAGUACUACACCACUAUGAGCCGUAACCCCGAUAAGUUGCCUCUAUUCUACUCUCGCCGGUCCCAGUUGGUCUUUGGUACCGAGGCCGAGUCGGUCCCCGUUGCCAUUGGCACCAAGGCCAUCAAUGAUAAGAUCAAGGAGCUUGACUUCCAGGACUGCAAGGUGCGCGUCCUGAACGUCGACUCUCAGGCCUCCUUCGACAAUAUUCUGGUUGCGGUCAUUGGUGAAAUCUCCAACAAGUCCGAGCCGUCCCGCAAGUUUGCGCAGACCUUUGUGCUUGCCCAGCAGCCCAGUGGCUACUACGUUCUCAACGAUAUUUUCCGGUACCUGUCAGACGAGGAAGAGUUGGUGGAAGAGGCUGUUGAGCCGGUCAUUGAGGCCACCGAGGUCCCCGAGCCUGUUGCUACCCCCGAGGCUCAGGUGACUGAUGAGGUCGCUGCCUCCAAGGUUGAUGAGAAGCUUGAGAACGAGACCAAUGGUGUGGUUGAGCAGGCCGAGGAGACCGUUCCCCAGACCAAUGGCACCCCCGUCGAGGAGGUCAAGGAGGUCAAGGAGGUCGAGGAAGUCGAGGAGACUCCCAUCCCUGCCGUUGAGACUGAGGUUGUGAACGAUGAGAAGCCCGCUACUCCAGAGCCCACUCCUGUCGCCGUGCAGAAGGAGGCCCCCGCUGAGAAGGAGUCUGCUCCUACUCCUGCCAUCCCCAAGAGCUGGGCUAGCAUUGCCUCUUCCACUAAGCUGGGUGCUGCUCCUGUUGUCCCUGCUAUCCCCGCUGCUACUCCCAAGGCUGCUGCUCCGGCUGCCAGCGCUGCCCAGCCCGCCGCUACCCCGACCGCCGCCGCUGCCCCCGCUGCCGUUCCUGCCGCCGAGACCCGCUCCCAGGAUGCUCCUUCCGCCGAUGCCGCUGGCUGGCAGACUGCCGGUGCUGAGCACAAGAAGACUCAGUCCCGUGCUGAAGAGCAGGUCGUCUUGGGUUACAUGAAGAACGUUACCGAAAAGGUCGACUUUGCUUUGCUCAAGCAGACUUUGUCCCGCUUCGGCAAGCUGAAGUUCUUCGAUAUCAACCGUCCCAAGAACUGCGCUUUUGUUGAGUUUGCUGAGCCUUCUGGCUAUGCUGCUGCUGUGGCUGCCAACCCUCACUCGGUUAGCGGUGAACAGAUCCUCAUUGAGGAGCGUCGUCCCCGUGGCAACGCGUUUGGCGGCAACGGCUUCGCUGGUCGUGGUGGUGCUCGUGGCCGUGGUGACCGUACUGGCAGCCAGGGUGGUCGUGGUGGUUUCCAGCGUGAGGGCCGUGGUGGCUUUGCUCCCCGUGGUCGUGGAGGCAAUGUGGCUGCCAACAAGGGCCGCAGCCAAACCCAGGCUGCUUAA